AUUUGCUUCUACGAAGUGUUACCAUCGAUGAAAGAAAGAUGUUUGAACCAAUUGGGGACAGUCUCAGAACUUGACAUGCAAAGGGCGAAAUAAUCUCUAGCUCAGCUCUACAUCGAUGCCCAGCGCUCGAAAUAUUACACAGCGCAAAUCAAAGCCUGUACGUGCAGAGAUCCUACCCUCCUUGGGACACAAUACGCCUUUCGAGCGAUGAGGUAUAUGCUAGGUUGCCUCUGCUGCCUGAUGUCUAACGAAUCAGGAGGCUCGCUACCACUUUUAGUCGAAGGCUCCCAAUUCUACCUGCCCCUCAAUCUCGAAAAAAGCAAUUCUCAAAGAUUUGAUAGAGAAUCAAAAAUCAUACUACUCAUCUAAAAUCGACGCGAUUACUGCCGAAGUCUCAGACAUUAUCCCAUCGGACGAGAACUACUCAAGCACACACUUCAAUUAUGGCCGACAUUUCCAAGACCUCAGAAUCAAAAAAUCCAGCGAAAGUCCCAACCGAUGGAUCGUUCCACAGCGGCGUAUGGGAUUACGAAGCCAAACGUCCAGUCGUCGAUGGCAAAUUCGAGGAUCCUCUCACAGGAGAACUUCGCGAUGCAAAGUCCGAACAGUAUUCCGGGCCACCAAGUGUCGACAUCGUGAUCAUGAAUCUUUAUGCAUCGGAAGCAUCAGGACCGGAUGUGUACCGUUCGGCAAGACCAUUUCCCGUCGAGAGAAUACUGCAUCAUGCGAUGACGGUCGUGAAGGAGGAGGGGUUGGAGAUUCAUUGUUUGAAUGCAAGUCUUUAUUCCGUUACGCUGGUGUUGGCGUGUGAGAUUGAGGAGAGGAAGGAUGGGAGGAGUGGGUUCUCGUAUGUCGCGGAUAGGAUUAGCAAUGGCUUGUGGGCUGAAGAAUAAAGAUGGAGUUAAAUAGUUUGCGUAGUGUAGACGAAGAGAAUAUAAUAACUUUGAAAACUUUAGAAAGAAAUCGUAAUUCGAAAUUUUUAGUAUUCCAUUUAUAUUCAAUUUUCA